AUGGCAUCCAACAUCAUCCCAAUAAAACUUUGGGGAAAAGGUGGUCCCAACCCUCCCAAAGUAGCCAUUGUCCUCGAAGAGCUGGGCCUUCCUCAUGAGUUUCAACCCAUAACAUUCGCGGAUGUGAAAACUCCGGAGUACCUCGCCAUCAACCCCAACGGUCGACUCCCCGCUAUCUACGACCCGAACACCGACCUCACGCUCUGGGAAUCCGGCGCCAUCAUCGAGUAUCUGGUGGAUCGGUAUGAUACCUCUCGCAAGAUCAGUUUCGAGCCCGGCUCCAAGGAAGCCCAGCUGGCGCGUCAGUGGCUUUUCUUCCAGGCUUCCGGCCAAGGUCCGUACUAUGGCCAGGCGUGCUGGUUUAAGAAAUUCCAUCCCGAGCCGGUGCCCAGUGCGGUGGAGCGCUAUGUGAAGGAGAUUAACCGGGUUUCAGGGGUGGUGAAUGAUUUCUUGAGCAAGCAGGAGACCGGCCAGGGGGGUCCGUGGUUGGUAGGGGGACGGGUUUCGUUUGCGGAUUUGGCUUGGGCCAGUUGGCAGAUUAUCGUGACCAAACUCAUUCAGGAGGAAGACGGGUAUGAUGUGAAUAACUUUCCUUUUGUGAAGGAUUGGUUGGACCGCAUGUUGAGCCGCGAGCCUGUGAGGAAGGUGAUUGAAGAAGUUCAGAAGCUGUAA